GGAACCGGACACAUGUGUGGGCGGAUGAGAUGUACCUUGGACCCGGAGACGGUCCAGCGGGCGGCCGGCGUGCAUCCCGAUCGUUGGGUCGACCGUGACAGAUACAGAUCUUCGUACAAUGUUUCACCGGGAUCAUACACACCGGUUGUGCGGAUGCAGUCCAAUUCCUCUCCCAAACCGAAUCCGGAAGGAGAUAUUGGCAAAAAGGAGGAUAGCCAGCGGGUGGUGCAAUGCAUGAAAUGGGGUUUGAUCCCUAGCUUCACCCGGAAAUCUGAGAAGCCGGACCAUUACAGAAUGUUCAAUGCUCGGGGAGAAUCAUUGCAUGAGAAGGCCUCUUUUCGCCGGCUUAUUGCAAGGUGUCGGUGUGUAGCGAUGGCGAAUGGGUUCUAUGAGUGGAAGAAGGAUGGGUCGAAGAAGCAGCCAUACUAUAUACAUUUGAAAGAUGAAAGCUUGCUUCACUUUGCUGCUCUCUUUGACUGUUGGGAAGAUCAUGAAGGUCGACCUCUGCUUACUUAUACGAUAGUGACAACCCGAGCCUCAAAGUCACUUGAGUGGCUGCAUGAUCGAAUGCCUGUGAUCCUGAGGACUGAAGCGAGUGUUAAGUCGUGGUUGGAAGAUGAACUGUCCGCUGCUCAGAUUGUCAACAUGGCUGUGCCUUACAAUGGCCCUGAUCUGACAUGGUAUCGAGUCACACCGUCUAUGGGCAAGCCGUCGUUCGAUGGGGUGGAGUGCAUUCAGGAGCUGAAGACACCUUCCAAGGGGAUGGGUGCUCUUGCCAUGAUGUUCAAGCGGCAAGCCAACAACAAUGGUGGUGCGGGUGCAUCAGAGGCGUCGCUGCCGAAGCCCAUGGGAACUCCUUCGGAACAUGAGAUGGAUCGUAGUGACGACAAAGGGCAAGCACCGGCAAAACCAGGCAUUGGCUCUUCGCCCGUGGCAGUGUCACCGAGCCGUGAAAGCCCCGUUGCAGGCUCUCAAGUGAGUGGCAAAGGGAGCAACAAUGAGACGACCACAAUGUCCGGCAUUCAAUUUGAUGAAAAGAGUGAAAAGAAAUCAUCGGGCAACGAUCGGAGACAAUUUGAGUCUUGCACUGCAGAUGACAUCACAGAGGAGGAAUGGGAAGCCAUAGCUGAUGCUGUAGACCUUGACAACGCUAAGAAUGGUUCUCCCAUAGACCAACAGCAAAGGGACAAGGGUUCGGAGACCUCUGGACGGCAAACGACUCUAGUGCAUGCCACAGAUGAUAGCUUGGCGCCCACUACGACCAAUAAGACGGAAUUCGUGAUAAAUCCGAAGGACGAGAAAGUGGUGGCGUCGAGCACUCAGCAAGUUCUCGAAAACGCACAGGGAAAGAGAGGCCUAUCUGACUGUGCAUGUUUGGAAUGGUCGACAGAUGCAUCCCGUACGACUGCCUCGGGCAUGACAAAUGUGAACCAAGGGACAGCAUACACAUCGGUGCAGGUAAGACACCUUUCAACGCCGUCGACCGCAAACCAAAACAGUGAUGGCAGGGCCCGAAGAGAAAAUGAUGAGAGAUCAUCUCAGGGUGUGAAGCGAAAAGCAGGCACUGUGAGCGAUGCGUGCAUUGCAGGUGAGCGGUCAGGAGAAGAUAGUAAUGUGAAGAAGCUGAAAGAACGUAAAGAACAAGAACACACACCCUCUGUCGAAGUUGAGUCCGAAAGAACGUGGAAGGGUUCGGGAGUCAACAAAGCCAUGCCAUUCGCGAGCCCUGGCAAGGCAGGACGAACUAUGCUGAUGGAUGUUGGAGGAAAAAGAGGCAGCCAGACGACGAUCUCUUCAUUCUUCAGCAAGAAAGUCUGAUUACAGGGGUUAACUGUCCACAACUUUACAACCCUAGGGACUCUGUUUGGCGCAAUUGUGCGACUGCGUAAUGUGGUUCUCUUGUCGAAGUGCUCUGCUCGGCGCCUGCAAUUUCGCAAUCUGGUUCUCUCGUCGAAGUCCUUUCGACAAGAUAGAUGACCGUUCCUUGGAAGGUGGUGGUGAGUGUAAGGUGGGCAACGUACGUUGCCAUUGUGCAGAGUAGCUGCAAGCAACAUGUGCAGGUCAGAUCUGCACUGCAUUAUUUGCUAUUUGCCUGUCCACUCUUCUAUUCUAGGCAGCACAUUUGCUUGUGCUUUCCUAGCAUGUAGAGGUGUUGGCUUGUUUUGCUUCCUGUAAUUUUGUCAAUCAUGAACUGUAUAUGUAUGUAUUGCCGAUCAUCUUGCUCGGCGCUCGUGACUCUGGUCAUUGCAUCAACAGAUCAGCAAAGUAGUCUGCGUCAUGUCACGGACCUUAGUGAAUCAGUAACUAGAGAAGUGGGUAAAGGAGAAAAGCAGUGUGUGUGUGUGUGUGUGUGUGUGUGUGUGUGUGUGUGUGUGGAGAUGUGUGUGUGUGUGUGUGUGUGUGUGUGUGUGUGGGUGUGCGAGUUUGCAGUUGUGCCUAUGUAGGUGUGUGUGAGGAUGUGUGAGGAUGUGUUUCUGUGGGUGGGCCCACAGCAAUUUCCAUUUUUGAAGAGCUUUUUGUGGAAAGUUGUUGUUUGGUAAUGUCUAAUAAAAGGAACUUACCGUG